CCCCUAUGGUCACCAAGAGCAUACAUUGCUACCACCAUCAUCAACAACAGCAGCAUUGGCCGCAGGCGCAGACACAACCCAGCGCAUUCUUGACGGUCAGCAGCUUCUGGAGAGAACGACCCGGCUCGUUCGCAGAAGAAACUCCAGGUCCAAGUCGAGAUUAGUUUCGCCGUGGCUUGAACGGACGCUUCACCAUGGCGCUCACUCCUUCCCACAUCCUCUUCGAGUCGGCCACCGGCUGCGCCAUCUUCAAAUGCGUACAGGUGGAGGAGAUCGGGAACAAGACGCCCGCUGUGCAGGAGUCGAUCAAAGACCUGAACAAGUUUGGAAAGAUGGUCCAACUCGUCUCGUUCAGCCCAUUCAAGAGUGCGGUAGACGCAUUGCAGACCUGUCUCGACAUCUCAGAGGGCGUGAUGAAUGACCACCUGAAGCAGCUCAUCACACUCAAUCUGCAAAAGUCCAAGAGUAUCCUGCUUGGCGUGUCAGAGAGGGGCCUUGCAGGCUCCAUCAUGUCCGAGACGGGCAUAACCUGCGACACGGGAGAGCGGACGCUAGAGCUGAUUCGCGGCAUCCGGCUACACUCUGAAAAGCUACUCAAGGGCCUUUCAGAGGGCGACAUGGCGAAGGCACAGCUCGGGUUGGGGCACUCCUACUCGCGGAGCAAGGUCAAGUUCAACGUCAACCGAUCCGACAACAUGAUCAUCCAGGCCAUCGCCCUCGUCGACACGCUCGAUAAGGACGUCAACACAUUCGCCAUGCGCGUGCGCGAGUGGUACGGCUGGCACUUCCCGGAGCUCGUCAAGCUUGCGCCGGACAACAUCACCUACGCCAAGCUCGCGCGCUUCAUCAAGGCCAAGGAGAACCUUUCCGAGGAGCACAUUGAGGAGCUAACUGAGCUCCUUGCGGGCGACGAGACGAUCGCUAGGAACAUCCUCGAUGCCAGCAGGGCUAGCAUGGGUACGCAGAUCGGAGAGAUGGACAUGAUCAACAUUGAAAACUUUGCCGAUCGCGUUGUCAACCUUGGCGAGUACCGUAAGAACAUGCACAAGUAUCUCAUCGAGAAGAUGCACCUCGUUGCACCAAAUGUUUCCGCUCUUAUCGGAGAGGUCAUUGGCGCAAGGCUCAUCUCGCACGCCGGCUCUUUGACCAACCUGGCAAAGUAUCCCGCGUCGACGGUGCAGAUCCUUGGCGCGGAGAAGGCACUGUUCCGCGCGCUCAAGACGAAGGGCAAUACGCCAAAGUACGGUCUGAUUUACCACGCGUCUGCGAUCCAGCGCGCCGCGCCAAAGAACAAGGGCCGCAUGUCACGCUUUCUGGCCAACAAGAUCAGCAUCGCCGCGCGGAUAGAUUGCUUCAGCGACAACACCGUCACCGCCGGCGGGCAGCCGAAUAACAAGUUUGGCGAGGUCAUGGCCGUGCAGGUCGAGGAGCGCCUUGCGUUCUACGAGACGGGGAAGCCGCCGGGGAAGAACAUCGAUGCGAUGAAGAAGGCACUUGCGGCGAUUGAAGAGCAGGCGGGCGAUCAGAUGGAUGUGGACGCUGAGGAAAGCGGCGAGGACGACGAGGAUUCUGACGAAGAUGACGCCGAAGGUGGCAAAGCGCCCAUGCCCAACGUACUCGGCGCCUCGGAUCUGGCCGACAAAAAGUCUAAGAAAGAGGGUAAGAAGGACAAGAAGGAAAAGAAGGAAAAGAAAGAGAAGAAGGAAAAGAAGGAAAAGAAGAGCAAGCAUAGCGACGGCAAGGAGAAGAAGACCAAGGAGGACAAGGUUGCCAAGGACGCCGAGAAGGCACGACGAAAAGCCGAAAAGAAGGCAAAGAAGGCAGGCAAGGCCUGAGAGGCGGGUUCACCAGCUCGCUCCUUUUCUUUCUCAUUUCUCAUU